AUGCUGGCGGAAGCGCUAAUAUGCACGCAGGGACUACGCGCGCAGCAACGGCUGAAGCCCGCGCGCUCGCAGGCCGUUGCCAACCCACGACACGGGGGAAAGGGAGACCCCCUCCUCCUUUCUCUCUCAGCCCCUCUCCUCCUUUAUCUCUCAGCCCCUCUCCUCCUCGCUCAGUCCCUCUCCUCCUUUCCCUCUCAGCCCCUCUCCUCCUUUCCCUCUCAGCCUCUCUCCUCCUUUCCCUCUCAGUCCCUCUCCUCCUUUCCCUCUCAGUCCCUCUCCUCCUUUCCCUCUCAGUCCCUCUCCUCCUUUCCCUCUCAGCACCUCUCCUCCUUUCCCUCUCAGACCCUCUCCUCCUUUCCCUCUCAGUCCCUCUCCUCCUUUCCCUCUCAGUCCCUCUCCUCCUUUCCCGCUCAGCCCCUCUUCUCCUUUCCCUCUCAGCCCCUCUCCUCCUUUCCCCCUCAGCCCCUCUCCUCCUUUCCCUCUUAG